AUGCAAAAACCAAGUGAUAUUAUACAACGACAUGAAUUACAAGGUGAUAUUGAAUUUGAUAAUGUUUCACUUAUUUAUCCCGCUAGAUCAAAUGAAAUUGCUAUUCAAAAUAUGUCAUUUAAAAUAAAAUCAGGUCCAACAUUUGCUUUUGUUGGACCAUCAGGUUCUGGAAAAUCAACAUGUAUUAAAUUACUUGAACGUUCUUAUGAUCCUACCCGUGGAAAAAUCAUAAUUAUGGUCGAGCAAUUCACAAAUAUGAUCAUAAAUAAUAAUGAUGAAACAACAAUGAUUCAACCAGCUGAUCAAGUUAAUACACGUGAAUUUAUUAGUGAUUAUAAUACUAAAUGUGCACAACGUGAUAGUCAUUUAUCAGAUUUGGAUUAUUUUAGGUUAGCUUUAUUUUCAAUUUCUUUUUGGGUGAUCAUAAGUGAUCAAAAACAAUGUGUAUCAACUGCUCGAGCUAUUAUUCGAAAGCCUACUGUACUUCUUUUAGAUAAAACAACAUCAGCAUUAGAUCCUGUCAAUAACCGAUUAUUUCAAGAUGCAUUAUAUUAUAAGAAAAAUAGUCAAGAACCUCGAACGGUACCUAUAUCAGUACAUCGAUUAAGUACAAUGGAAUGA